UCCAGCCGAAGUGAAAUUCCACAGUUCUCUCCAGGCUUAGCAGCUGCUCUGCACUGAAGUAGACACACACUUAGACAGCAGCCUUGACAAAGCCCAUGCAGAAGGUUUCAGUGUUUUAAGCCAAGAGGCGUGUGGGCUUUCCAAAGAGGUUUGAAACUCCCCCGGGGGCAGCCGAGCCCCGGGCCCGCUGGGGACUCCAUUUCCCAGCACCGGCGAGAGAAGGGCCGGGCCGGGCCGGGCCGGGAAGGGCCGGGCGGGGCCGCUGCGGGCGGGGCCGGGGCUGCCGUGAGCCCGGGGCCCGGGACGAGGCGGCCAUGGCCACCAGCCCCGCGCGCGCUGGGGGCCUUGGGCGCGAGGGCGCCCCGUGUCGCGGCCACGGGACGCGGAGCGGCGGCGGUUGGUGCGGCCGGUGCGGUCGGUGCCGUUUGUGCGGUUGGUGCGGUCGCUGCGGUUGGUGCCGCGGCGGCUGCUCCGUCCUGCAGCAUCGCGGGAGGCGCUGUUCAUCCCGGCGACUUGUGCGUUUGGAGACUUCGGUUGACGCCUUGAGCUACUGGAGAGUGUGCAGAGAAGAGCAAGAGAGCUGGUCGGCGUGUGGACGCGACCAAGGAUCUUCGGUCCCCCCCUGGGGGUUGACAUCGGAGGAAUCUGCGGAGAGACCGUCUUGAGCAAGGGAAAGCCCGGCUCUUGCGAUGGCUACGCAAGCCAAGAGAGGUUUAAGUGGCUCUAUGGAUGACACCCUUGAGGACCUUUGGAGAUAUGAUGUUGAACCCCGUUGUACAGCCGGUGGGAGAGCCUUGAAGACCAGCAUGCGGGUCACCAAGGAGUUGCCUGCGGAGGUUUGCAAUGUCCCUGGAGAGGACAAGGCAGCUGCAGCGGUGAGCCCUGAUGUGGGGAGAGAACCUGGAUGUCCUGAGGGCUGGGGCUGAGGUGUCUGGCAUCACUGGCAGGGGCAAAAAGCCAGGAGAGGGGAGUGGGUGGCUGGUGGGAGAGGGGCUUCCAGGUACCGAGGAUGGAGCAGAGCCCGGCAGCACCCGCUGCUGCAGCCCGGCCUUCCUGGGUGCGCUUCGGCUCCAGCGUCGUAGGAAGAGCCCUCAGCCAAAGCAAUGGCCAUGGGUGUUCCUGACGCUUCUCCCAGAGGCAGCAGCAGGAUCUCGGCAUAGGACUCAGGGCUCAGAGCGUUUCAAGUACCAAAAUCCCCCCCGUCUCAGCCCCCGUGCACUGCAGCCGCGGCCCCAGCACCAGCCUCCCAAGGGAGAAGCAGUGCUGAGGCAUCCGCAGCGCUCGCCCUGUGCCCGUCCUCAUCCUCUUGCUUUCCAGGACAAGGACGACUGGGACUGGGAUUUCCUGGGGACAUCGAAACCCAGUUCUGGCCCAGGGAAGAUGCCCGUGAAACGUGGCACUGAGCGCAGCUCUGAGACAACAGCAGAACAGAGCAGCAGGAAAGAGCUGCCCCCACGCCAGACGCCCCUGCGCACCGUGGCCCCGGUCCAGAGGAGGAAGACGUCGAUGUUCGAAGAUGCUGAAGACGACGACCUGUUGGAUGUGCUGAGAUGUGGCAAAGGCCCAAAAAAAGAAGAGGAGCUCCGGCCAGCGCGCUCCACGCUGGACGACUUGUUCGGACGAGGCUCCGCGGCCAAAGUCCUGGAAAAGCCAGAGGAGGAAGAGCGCGGGGACAAGAAGGAGCUUGUCUUCGGAGAGUACAAGCCCUCGAUGGGCUCCAGGCCCGCGGUCCAGCCGGCGAUGGGGCAGUUGGUGAGGUUUUCUGCCAACAGCAGCAGCGAAACAAACCCAGAGCCCCGCUCCACACCUCGUCCUCCCCGCAGACGGAACCCCGUGCGAAGGAGAAGGGCCGGAGACGACUGGCUGGGCUGGGAGGAUGAGGAUUUCAUGGACCCCGCCAGCCAGCUCGGGGCUGCAGAGGAGGCAGCACCUAAACCCGACCCAAUGGACUGGCUGAUCGAUGCCUUGGCUCGCAGGAGAGCCGAAGAACAGGCCAAGGCACAGGAGACAAAGGCCGAGACCACGGAGACUCAGGAGAAGAAAGCCAAGCGCUCAGAGACUGAGGAGAAAAAGGCCGAGCCCUCGGAGGCCCAAGAGAAAAAGAACGAACCCUCAGAGGCCCAAGACACAACGGCCGAGCCCUCAGAGACCGCGGGCGAAGGGCCGGGUCCCCGCUCUCCCGGCAGCCAGCUGGCCGCCUCCCCAGCAGCAUCGGACUGUCGGGCAGAGCUGCUGAGCGCCCAGGCCCGUGUGGCAGAGCUGGAGAGCCAGGUCCGGAUGCUGGAGAAGGAGCGGGCGCAGCAGAAAGUGUUAUUGGAGAGUGCCCAGCGGCAGCACCAGGAGCACCUGGAUGUCCAGGAGAGCAGCCACAGGACCUCGGUGAACGUAAUGAAGGACAACUAUGAGCAGCAGGUGGAGAUGCUGCGGCGGCAGAACGAGCAGCUGGUGGCUCAGCUGCGGCAGGAGCGGCAGGACACGGCGCGGGAUCGGGCAGAGCUGCUGGCACAGCACCGGCUGGAGCUGCAGCAGCUGCGGGAGCAGCACCGGCUGGAGCUGCAGCAGCUGCGGGAGCUGCAGAGGGAGUCUGUCGAGGAACUGCGCAAGAAACACGAGGAGCAGCUCCAGCACAUCAAGUGGCUGAAAGAGAGAGAGAUGGAUGUGCUGACCGGCACCAUUUCACACAUGAGGUCUCUGGACAGCAUCAUUGAGAGGAUGGAGAAGUUCUCCAGUGACCUGCAGAACGUGUGCAGGAGGAGCAUGGAGGAGGAGCAGAGCCGUGUCCAGGAGCUGGUGGCCAACACGCAGGCCAGGCUGGGCGAGCAGACUUGGCUGCUGGAGCAGGAGCGGGCAGAGCUGAAGAUCCAGCGCCAGGAGCUGAAAGCCAAGGAGGAGCAGCUGGCGAGAGACAGGCAGAGGCUGGACGAGGCCUGGCAAGAAAUGCGGCUGGAGAAGGAGAAGGUGAUCGGGGCCAUGCAACCUGUCCAGAAGCAGCAGGAGAUGAUUAGAAGCACAAAGGAGCUCUUGGCCCAGAAGCAUGCAGAGGGGGAGCGAGCCCUGGGGGAGGCACGCAGGAUGCAGUCCGAGUUCUGGGACAAGCUGCAGGUCCUGCAGCAGCAGGAGGAGCAGCUGAAGCAGCGGGAGGAGCAGCUGAGGCAGGAGAAGGAGCAGCUGAGGCAGGAGAAGGAGCAGCUGAAGCAGCAGAAGGAGCAGCUGAGGCAGGAGAAGGAGCAGCUGAAGCAGUUGCAGGAGCAGAUGAAUCAGCAACAGGAGCAGAUGAAGCAACAGCUGGAGCAGAUGAAGCAGCAGCCAGAGCAGCUGAAGCAGCAGCUGCAGCAGCUGAAGCAGGAACAGGAGCAGCUGAAGCAGGAAAAGGCCUCCGUAUCUUCCAUGUUCAGUGCCCAGAUGCAGCUGCUGAAGUUCCAGGCCCAGCAGGGGAACAAAGAGUUAGAGACGCAGAGAAUCUUCUUGGAGAACCUGAAGAAAUUACGAUACAACAUUUCACGGCUGUCAACAACCCCUCCAUCCUCCUCCUGUUCUGUGGACGAUACCAUUGAGUAUACACAUGCUUUAACAGGGGCCCUGAGGAAAGCAUCUCCACCUGUGCAAGUAGUCAAUCUGUCCUCCAUUCUCCGGCCUCCCAUUACUUUCAAGACCCUUUAAUCAGGCUCUGCCCCAGUGUCCAUUCUGUCAGCUCUGCUUCUGACAUGACUUGUAAUAACAUCGGAUGUGAGACUGUGGGUACGCGUUAGAGGCCUCAAGGACUUCAGGAGUUCGCUUGGACACAUUAGCGAGGAUGCUUAAUAAAAAGAAAGGGAGGACUGUUGCAGAAUAAGUUUACUCACUUAAAUUCCUUUAGUUGUAUUCUAUGCUUUGACAUAUCGAGAUAAGGACAGAGAAAAAACUGCCUGGAAGACAGAGGAAGAGAAUCCAAGAAGAAACAACGAAGGCCCCAGACCCAAAAUUACCACUGGACCAACAGGCUCGUGAAAGAUGCGUGAAGAGCGGGUGCACAGACUGGGGGGGUUUACAAGCCCAAGUCUCUUUCGUCUCACGCUCCUCCUGCUGAGGGGCCCCACGUCCAGACUGUUUCUUUGCUGUUAUGUGGUUAUUUAUGGAGAUCCCGAGGAAAGCGCCCUGCAACACUUCACCUCUGCCCGCGUCCCGACCGUCCUCCCUUCUCUGGAUGAAGAGAAGCCGCUACAUUAAUGUGGACUCUGGUAAAGUUACAAAGACGUACCCAUCAUUAACCCAUGACGUGCUAAAUGCUUUCUAACCAGCUGCAAAACGAGGGGAUAUUUUUCAAGUUUUAAAUCCUUCUGCCUGACAAAGAGAUCAGAAGAUUAAGGAACACGUUGUUUAGAAGCAGAGCUUAGCUUAUAUUUGACUAGUAAUUAAUAGUAAGAAACUCAUCCGUUAUAACUCACUUCAUACUAACCUUAUGUUAGCUCACAGGAAAGAGAUUGGGGAACCACCUGGUGAUAAUGUGAAUAGAGAAACCUUGCUGACAUAAACAGUCACCAUUGUAUAAAUUAAAUGAUGAGGAAAAGUGGCCUCUGAAUGAAACUCUGAAUGAUGCCUCGUUAACAUUCUUCUUGAAGAGAGAAGGCAAGUGCAGUCAAGUGAUGGAAGCUGAUAUGUUUUCCACUUUGCAAAAACAGAGUGGCAGGCAGAAUGUGGUAUUAACUUGCCACCCCAGGAUCCAGCUGUGUUCACAUUAAAAAGGGAGCAGAAUAAAGCUCAGGAGAAGUUGAAACCAUGUUGUUCAGCAUGUAGAAUAAGACAGAAAACUCCCCUGAUGAGAGGGGAGGGUGAGAUAGAAGACUGCGUGUCCCCACAGGGCGUGGAAUUGAAGAUGAUGUGCCUUCAGCUUCCGAGCUGGUGAAACUGUGCAGAAAGAAGAGGAAAACAUGGAAAAGAAUCUGAGAUUUUAGUUGAGACUGGAACAUUUGAUUUGGUUUUGAAUCAGGAAUUGAUACCAUUAGAUGAAGAUUUUGUACCUGUUAUGGGAGCUACUGGCCAAGGAGACAAAGCUUUCUUCAUCAGCCAAUCCAACAGAAACUGGAAAACAAAAUGCAAUUCCUAAAUUCUUAUCUAUGUCCAGAUCUCCAAAACCGUUACGGAGACGAGCCUUAGGAAAACAAUUGCAAGCAAUAAUAACAUUCAAACAAGGUGAAGUGACAAAAUGGAAUUCCUAAGUUCUUAUCUACGUUUGGGUCUCCAAAACCGUUACGGAGACAAGACUUAGGAAAACAAUUGCAAGCAAUAAUAACAUUCAAACAAGGUGAAGUGACAAAAUGCAAUUCCUAAGUUCUUACCUAUGCCUGAGUCUCCAAAACCGUUACGGAGACAAGACUUAGGAAAACAAUUGCAAGCUAUAAUAACAUUCAAACAAGGUGAAGUGACAUUCAAGAUAAAAGAACAGCCACAGAAACCAAAGAAGACCAUGUGCAAUGCACUGCAAGUUUGCUAAAUUGGGUGAGAUGCAGUGGGUAUCGAGCUUCCCAACAGAAAGCCCAGCUGAUCCAGUGCCAAGUGACUUAUCUGGGAUUCGAGAUCUCCGGAGAGCACCAGAGCUGGGGAUGGAGCGACAAGAAGCUGUUUGCCGGACACCAGAACCUGCAGCGGUAAAAGAGCUCCGGGCGUUUCUUAGAAUGACACCUUGGUGCAGACUUUGAGUUUAUAAUGAUGGACUUUGAGUAAAGCCUUUCUAUGAACCGUGAAACAAAAGGACUUCCAAGUUGAAUUGGAUAAGAGAAGCAUCUGAGGGCAUUUGCACAACUCAACAAAGAGCCUGGGUCUCCCAGAUAUCACCAAGCCAUUGGAGUUAUGCUCACACGAAAGGCAAAGCAUUGCUCUGCGUGUUCUGGCACAGCAACUAAGAGCUCAGAACCGAGCGGCUGCUGCUUCCCUAAGCAAUCAGAUGAAGUGAGCCAAGGCUGGCCUGGAUGUCGUGGAGCUGUGGCAGCUCUUGGACUCGCUGUACAGGAAGCUCCUGAGUUCACCAUGGGACAGAAAGUGGCCCAUACAGUCCCAACCGUACUGGAACAAAAAGGUACCCAUGGGUUAUCUGCCUCAAGAUUCCUGAAUACCAGGCAGUACUGGUGGAACUAGACGAUGUGAAUAUUGUCGCUACCAACAUUGUCACUGCAGCCCCUUUCCUCAGUGGGUCUGUUUCAGAGCCUGUGGUCCAGGAUUGCUUGGAAACAGUGGGAGCUGUUUCCUCCAGCAGACGGGAUUUAAAGGAACAGCCGCUGGAAGACGCUGAAGACUCCUGGUUCUCCGCUGGAAGCAGCUUUGUAAAGCAAGGAGUACAUAGAGCUGGGGAUGCCCUAACAACUACCCACGAGGUAAUCGAAGCCAAACCUUUGCCUCCUGGGACUUCUGCCCGGACAGCUGCGCACACACGAGCUUUAGAAUUAUCCAAAGAGAAGAAGAUUAAUAUUUGGACAGAUUCCAAGUGUGCUUUGGGAGUGGUGCGUGCCCAUGGAGCAUUUGAAAAGGACCAAGUUUAUUAACAGCACAAGAACAGAUUAAAUGAGAUACUCCAGUUGGCGGAAGCUGUGCUGUUACUAGAAAAGUUGCCAUCAUGCAUUUCAAGGAGCAUCAAGAAGGAGACACUGAUCAGGAAACUGGAAAUAAACUGGCAGCUGAUACUGCGAGACGAGCUGCUGGAAAGACAGAGAGAGCAAUGAGAGUGAUGCCUCUGAGCCCGGAUGGCUGCCUCCUCGAACCAGCGUCAGUAAACCCUACCUUGCAGUGCAUUAACAGAGACCUUCUCAGGUUGGCCAGAAGCAUUCCCCUGCCCAACUAGUAACGCUAGAACAGUAACUAAAGCUUUGUUAAAUGAGACCGUACCCCGACUUGGGGUACCCGCUGUGAUGUCCUCUGCUAGGGGGCCCCGUUUUGUUGCACAGGUAGUGCCGCAAGUCAGUAAAGCAUUAGAGAUCGAUUCGCAGUUGCAGACUCCCUACAAGCCUUAAGCAAGUGUGCAGGUAGAAAAGAAAAUGAGUCACUUAAUGGAACAGCCCAUAAACAGAAUUUGCCAGGAAGCUAACUGGAAGUAGAAUCCAGCACUACCUUUAGCGCUGCUCAGAAUGAGACGGAAGCCUCGAGCCAAGGAAAACUGAAGUCUUUUCUUUCAAGCCAAUAGAUGAAGUUUCUGUGAAAGCUUUUCCAUGUCAGCCUUGAGAAGAGAAGUGGAAUGGACUGCUCCAGCUGUUGCUGACGGCCUUUACCGCCAUCAAGAUUAAAGAACAACCCGCCUGGAUUCACUGUUCAAGAGUGAAGAAAGCAGCAGAUAAGAAACAGACGUUGGAACCAGUAGGACCUACCGCUUUCCAGUUCUCUCAGCGUUGAUCUCAGUGACUCUAAAAGAUUAUGCUCUUUAAUGCCUAAAGAUCCAGUAGAAGCUGCUGUGGCUUGAACUUACCUGUCCUCUGUCAGAGGACAGCAGAGCGGGGACCCCAAAUCGGGGCGGUGGUGGCAGAAACUGGAAAUUUGACCUGGAAUGAUGGAGUCAGUAUUUGAGGGCAGAAAUCAGUUGACCAAGGUCGUUGGGUCUUCAUCGAGAACAUGGAGAACUUGUGCAGCGACCUGCAGAACUGGGGGCUGUUGCUCUGCACACAUCAGGGAAGUGUCUCCUCACCCUCCCCACUGGGCCUGGGGCCACGGUGCCCAAGGCCUGAAGCUUUUCUGACAGCUUCUCUCCCUGCCUUUCUCCCAGAGACCGCGCAGCAGCGGCUGAGCACGGCUCACCAGAGGAGAUGGAGCGAACAGCCCCGCGAGGAGCUGCCCGACCGCCCUGUGACACCGCUGACCGCAGCCCAGGACCUCGGCGCCCCGACUGAGGGUCUCUCCAGCACCCUGGGGGGAUGAUUACUGAGAAAAGGAGAAGAUCCUCUUGGAGCCCCUGAAGAAAGCGCCAUACAACACUUCACGUCUGUCAGCAUCCCGUCCGUCCUUCUGCCCUUCUCCGGACCACAAUUUCUUUGAGGUUACGCAGUUAUUUCUGGAGAUCCCGAGGAAAGUGCCCUGUGCACUUCACCUCUACCAGCGUCCCGGCCGUCCUCCCUGCUCCUGGCCACCAUUCUUAGAGGGUUUCUUAGAGAAAUGGGUUUAAAAGCCCAAGUCUCUUUUGCCUUGUGUUCCCUCCCCCUGAGAGGCCCCCAGCCUGGACUGUUUCUCUGCUGUACCUUUUAAGUUGUUUUUAAUCUCAUAAUUAAAGUAUCUUUCUAAAGCGCAAA